AUUUAUCUACAUCCGAGUAAGUACGGUACGUACGAGUACCGGUACACAAGUGUCCUUGCAGGAGUAGUGCCCAUAACUUGCCAGGACGGGGGCAUGACUGGUACUACUCGUACCGCACCAACGAGUGUCAGUGGUCCGAGGGCUAUUGUGAGAACAUUGAACACCUCAAGGGAUAGGGAUACAAAAUCGCCAGCCAUCACCAGUCACCAAACCUUUCUCGGUUGAUUUUGGGAUUCAGGAUGUAAGAUUUUUGUGAUUUAUUUCUCCCGAACCAUUCUUUUUCGUUGUUCUUGACACUGCAUGCUUCCUUUUUUCAGAAACCAUUACAUCAUCAACUCUCGCGGUAGUGUUGCAUACAAUGGAUUGGUUUGCAUCGCUAAACCCACUCCCAAAACAACAGCAAGCAGUAAUUACCGAAACAACCAAUAAUCGAAAGAAAAGUCACCCAUAGGAACACACGUUUCCCCUCACGAAAGAAUUAUGGCGAAAAGAUCGCACAAUUAUUUUCUGGAACAGCAUCCUCCUCCCCCUCCGCCUCCGCCUCCGUUGCCUUCCUCGAAUCCUUCCUCUCGUGAUGCGGGCAUUUCUAAUGUUCGUGAUCCACCUGGAACUUAUCAGUAUCUAGAUCAUCAACCUUAUGCAUACAAUUACAGCUACGUCAAUGAGCGUGGGCACAGUGUCCGUGGCGAUUCUAGUCUUCUGUCUACUAUUGCUUCGCCUUCGACUACUCAGAAUAUGCCGAUCCCAAUAUUCAAAGGCCAUAUCAAUAACAGCCAUAGUGCAGCGAGCAGUAAUAUUGCCAACAUCCAAAACAAGAAUUUACAGACAUGCCUACCUGUGCAGAUAUCACAGAGCUCCUCUGGAAAAGACUUUGCAGAGACAACGACAAAAUCCGCUAAAGCUCCGAUGGUCUGGACAUGCAAGGCCUGCAACGUGACGCUCGAAUCCGAAAAGGCAUUCAAGAGCCAUCGAAAAUCCCACGUCAGGUGCUCGGAUUGCUCCUUCGAGGGUGCUCCCAAAAUUGUCAAGGCUCACUACCAGGCAACUCACGGCAAGUUUUCGGGAUCGGGCUUCAAGACUAUCACGGUGGGAGUCCCAGGCUGCCGUCCCCAGAAAUUUAAUAUCUGCGUCGGCAAUCGGCCCGAGGACAUAGAAAGAUGGAUUGCGGAGCGAAAAAAGAGGUUUCCCCGAAAAUCUGCUUCGGCUACGGAGCACAAGCAGGAAGGGACUAAGCAGAAAGUACACGGUGCCGAAGUAAGGACAGCUGCUCAAACAGGCCUUUCCUCUUUGCUGGCGGGAUACGGAUCCUCAUCCGACGAUGACAGCGAGAACGAAAAGAAAGUGGAAGCCGAUGGCAAAGAAGGUUCUGUAUCUUCGAGUCACGUUGUGGAGAAUGCAGUUGGCAGCGACCAUACUGAACUCAACAACAGAGAGCAGACCAACUCGGGUCCGAUCCCGCCACCAGAGAAAACAAAGACGCGCCGGCCUUGUCGUUUCUUUUUCAGUAAUGGCUCUUGUCGUCAUGGCAGUAAUUGUCGAUUUAGUCACGAUGUAGAAGAAGGACAGCCACUACAGAGCCAUUCAAAACAAAAAAAUCGAAGCCAGCCUUCCAACACCAGCAAUAGGAACAACAACCACAACAGUCGAAAGCGAAAGCGCGGGGGGCAUACGUCAUCGGACACACUCCUUCGCAAACUUUUCGAAAAUGAUAUGGAACGAGAAUCAUCCAUGACAAUGCAACUGCUGAAAUUCAUUGUCGACAACAAUUUUUUCCUAGACAAGGAUACCAGUGCCAGGCCAAAAUAACAUCGCGAAACCAAUGUCCUUCCAACUGUAGGGAUGAAUACUAACCCAAAACGAUAAUAUUGUGACCAUCGAGUGGCCAAAUGAUAGGUUCUUGAACAAUCAGAAGACAGGGAAGAAAAUGAGGGUCGUUUUUUGCAUUGCGCAACUCAAACUAAUAAUCUUCUCUUUUCACA